GUAUAAAACAGUUGAUCGCCGGCGAAGCCAGCAUCAGUCACGCUUAACUUCGCUUUCCUGCUCGACACAAGCUGCCAACAUGAAGGUCGCUGUUGUUUUCCUCGCCGUGGUUGCCUGCGCCCUGGCAACCGAGAAGUACACCACCAGGUACGACAACGUCGACUUGGAUCAGAUCCUGAGGAGCGAACGUCUUCUGAAGAACUACGUAAACUGCCUGUUGGAACACGGAAGCUGCACCCCCGACGGCAAGGAGCUUAAAAAAUCCCUACCGGACGCUUUGGAAAAUGGGUGCAGCAAGUGCAGCGAGAAACAGAAGGACGGAAGCGAGAAGGUCAUCCGGUUUCUGAUUAACGAGAGACCAGAAACGUGGGAGAGACUACAGAAGAAGUACGAUCCAACUGGCGAGUACACGCUCAAGUUCAAGGAUGAGGCCAAGAAACACGGAAUCCAGUUGUAAAUAGUUCACAGCGUGUGUUUCCCUCUACAGGGUAUCUAAGAGUCAGGCUCAAAACGGAUACAAAAAAAAAUUCUUUGCUCCCAUCUAAUUACUCUAAUUUGUACUCAAGUUGAAACAUGAUGAAAAUAUACGUUGCAUCGUGUAAAACAUAAAAAA